UCCUGGCCGGGAACGAGCCGCUGGAAGGGCUUUAGGACCCGGAGCGCAUCUUCUGGCCUGGCGCGUCCCCGUCCCCGGAGCCGCGGGCGGAGAGACUUGAAUGAGAGGCUGGAGGGGAUCGCGACUGAAAGGCUCUCGGUGGAAUAGCUCCGCCGUCGCCAGGCAACCGCCCUGACGCAACGCAAAAAAAAAAAAAAAAAAAAAAAAAAAAAUCCCUUAAAAAAAAGAAUAGUGCUGAGAAUUCCCAGGAGCAAGAGAGAAAGGGAGGCAGAAGCCGGCUCAGCCUCGAAGCGGGGGCCUUGGGCUGCGGACGAGCUGGGAGCCCGCGUCGAAAGGAGGAGGCGGGGACCUCGGUGACACCCCUGGAUUGGGCCUCGGAGCGCCCGGGAAGGUGUGGACGCGGGAGCUCUGAGUGAUAAGCUGAGUUGUGGCCGUUAGCACAGGACGUUGCAAACCGAACUUCAGUGAGAGGAACGCCUGAGAGAACGCUGGCCUCUCACCAGCCAGCAGCUUCUCGCCGCCUGCCCUUCCCUGUGCGGAGGGGGCCCUGUCCCACAUCCCCUCCAGUCUUCCAUCUGCCUUCACCUCCAGCACUGACAGAUCUUCUUGGCAAAGCUGCCUCCAAAGAUUCCUGCUAACGCUUGUCUGUUCCUGCCUCUUGCAAAGCAUGGCGCCCACAGCAUCUUAAACCCAGAUUGUCUGCAGCUGCUCCGGUGGACACUGCAGCUUACCCUUCCUCCCUCUGGACUCCGGGAGCUGCGCCGGUCCUAGCGAUGCCCUCGGGAGCCUCGGCCCCAGCUGGAUGAGACCCUUCCGGAGCAGGACCCGACCUUGCCACCCACCAAGACUCCCACGGUGCCCUCCACCACCUCCCAUGUCUGGCUGCCCAGGCAGGUUCUAGCAUGUCUGUGCCCCAGAUCCGAGUAGAAGACGCAGCCAGUGGGGAGGAAGGGCCGGCAGGAGCAGCCCCGCCUCCCGACGACCACCUCCGGAGCCUGAAGGCCCUCACGGAGAAACUGAGGCUGGAGACCCGCAGGCCCUCCUACCUGGAAUGGCAGGCCAGGCUGGAGGAGCGGACGUGGCCCUUCCCGAGGCCGGUGGCCGGGCAGCGGGGCCGCGUGGAGGAGGAGCCCUCGCUCCCCCCAGGAGCACCCAGGCGGCACCCUCCACCUAAUGGGAUGGCCAGCCAGGACGACGGGGCCCCGUCCACUGGCAAGCUGGAGGGCUUUGAGAGCAUCGACGACGCGAUAGCCUGGCUCCGGAAGGAACUGACGGAGAUGCGGCUUCAGGACCAGCAGCUGGCCCGGCAGCUCAUGCGCCUGCGCAGUGACAUCCACAAGCUGAAGAUCGAGCAGACCUGCGACCUCCACCGGCGGAUGCUCAACGACGCCACCUACGAGCUGGAGGAGCGGGACGAGCUGUCCGACCUCUUCUGCGACGCCCCGCUCGCCUCCUCCUUCAGCCUCUCCGCGCCACUCAAGCUCAUUGGGGUCACCAAGAUGAACAUCAACUCCCGCAGGUUUUCUCUGUGCUGAGAAGCCCUAGACGGGGCGGUGGAGCCGGAACGAGGGUUUGGGGGGGGUGGGGGAGGGCGUGGGAAGGAAGCUGAGGCCCAGCUACCCGAGUGGGUCUCCCCGAAGGCAGGGCGUCCCCAGGACCUGUGACACGUGCUCUCAGGGCCCAGCUGUGGAGCUCCGUGUCCCCAUGCCUGGCCCUGGUUUAAUACCCAAAGAGUCCUGCAGAAGGGCUGCUGCAUCCGCUGUUCAGUGAGACCUGGGUCCCCAGGGCACACGUCUCAUCCUCCCCUUAGUGACCCAUAUUCCUGUUUCCGGAAUCACUGGUGCUAUGACCUGGGAACCCAAAGGGGGACCAAAGCUGUGAUUCUUGCACAAGGCUUCCCCAGGGGCACCGACCCCCAGGGGCACUGACCCCAGAGGGAGGUGAUUAGAUGUCAGCCGUGCCCAUGCCACUGUUGCUGUCCUCUAAGUACUGGCUCAAGUUCACCCUAAGUGGGUGACUCAGCAGCCUCGACAGGGACCCACCAGCAAAGGAAGACCAAAAGGAAUAACACGUGGAGCUUGGGGAAGCAGGCCCCAGAGCCGCAGCCAGUGCCCUGGAUGAGGUCUUCGACCUCGGCCCUACAAGCGCGGGGUACACUGUUGCCUGUGUGUGUGGUCCCACCAGUGUAGCUGGGGGGCAGCAAGCACACCCGCCCUCUGCUGCCCGCUCUGGCCACAUACACCAGUCCCAACCUCCAAAGAGCCCCUUUGCUGCCACGCCACAACCCUGGGGAGUGCCUAGGAGUGGAUUCCCCCCUGGGAGGGGGGGCGGCCAGCAGAGGCCUCCUGGUGGAUUCCGACGGGGUCACCUCCGUCACCUUCGUGCCCUCCCCAGAAGCUCGUCCUGAGCCUCCACUGAGAUUCUGUGCCUGACUUAAACAACUAAUUUUAAUUGAAUCAGACUGUUACUAACCUGUGGUUAACUUGUCAAUAACUGUUUGAUUUUUGUCCAAAUGGCGAAGCCAGUGGGUAGGUCAAGUACAGAGGUUCAGGGUUUGAUUUUAGAAGAUUCUCCCUCAAGACAAGUGGGAGGACCAGCAAGGUAAGGACUGAGACCUCAGCAAGUUAGGAAGUUAACCCAGUAGAAGGCCCCGUGCCGGGGGGCUGGCCUGUGACCCAUCUAGCCGAGCCCUCUGCUUCAUAAGGGAGUGAGGCCAGGGGAGGGGAGUGGUCUCCCUCAGGCUCCACGGCUCUUUAGCGGCUGUAGAAUAUUGAUGUGUUAAUAAUAAUCAUUAUUAAUUACGCUACACAGAUCACGUAUCCAUGAACUUGAACUCCAAAGAUGGUACUAAUGCUUUGCCAAACCCACGAACUGCCAGCUGCCACUCUCCACUCACGCAGCCCCGUCACCUCCCGAGUUACGAUUCCCACUGCCGUCACGGUUCCAUUGUCCAUGUGAGGCGUCCUCUUGCUCUGUCUUUCAUGCUUCGUCUUCCUGUAGAAUUUCACUGGGGCCCAGGCACACACACGCACACGCACCGUGACCCACACUGGGGAACGGCUGCUUUUCUCUUGUGGGCCAGGAGUGGGAGUUUGUGGAUGAUCGGUCCCUAGUUAGAAGAGAAUUUGGUGUUUCCUUGUGACUUCCAAGAGCCGGAGGGUUUAUGCUUCCUUCAAAGACGGUAUUACCACGCAGCCAAGAUCUGUUUUUGCUUCGACUCUGAGCGGUGGCAGAAGUCUGAGACGCAGAGCAUUUGUCCGUGAAGAAGCCCUCAGUGGAAGGCUAGGCCCCCUCGGGCCGGCCCCGCCUCAGGCAGGAAGGAGGGAGGUUUUCUCUAGCUAGUGCAGCCUCUCCUCAGGGGCUCUGCAUGAGCACUGCCAGGUCCUCCAGAGGCGUGCCUGCCAGGCGUCCUCCAGAAGAGCCCUUGAGGUCUUGGGGUGGCAGGCCAGCCUACACGCACGCUCACUCUUCAGAGACGCGCACAUACACACACUUGAACCCACACGGGCAAGCCCAUUCCACAACUGAAAAAAAAGGCCAAACUGAUUACUUUUCUUUCUAGGAACCAGUCAUUACAGUAACUAAAAAAAGCUGGGUCCAGCCACCGCUGAGUGAUUUCCCUGAGUUUCGUCAACCCGGUUGAGUUGGAGUCAACUGGGCAAUUUAGUUGCUCAGUUGACCUAAUGAUUCUUUGAGGUCAAGAACACUUGAUGGUUUUGCAAUAGGCACACUUUUUGGAAUAGGUUAGAUGUCUCAGCUAUUGUGCUUAGUUCACGCCAAGGGAAUUUUAUUUGGGGAUAAGGGGGGAGGAGGAGUCGGGAAGCGACGUGCAGGGAAAAGACAGGCGUGUUUUCUUACUCACUCUCCAGUGUCUGGUAGCAUCCUUAUUUCCACGGUGAGCACAGACAACUAACCAAGUCAGUUCAGCUUUGUGAAGUCCCUGCCUCCUGUGGGUCGAGAGAUGCCCGAGUCAGUCGCAGCCUAACCUGCGUGCCCAGCUCCCUAGGGCAGCCUUCCGGCUUUACCACGCGUAUAUACGAUACUGUUGCAGUUUUACUCAUUAUCUACCGUCUCCCUGCCAUCCCUCAAGGACCCCUGGGUGUAAAACUCGAAGUCUCCAUGACACUGCCUAGCAGGGUGAUGUCUGACGCCUUCGUGGGCCCAGCAGUGAUCACAGGCCGGGGGAGCCCGGGCAAGCUUGAGAUGACCUGACCCAGCCUCAGGCCUCCUCCCUGUAGCAAUACCAAGUGCUAUUACGUAAUCGAUGGACAAUUUAUAAUUUUAUUUUUUAUGAUUGUUUGUUUCUAUAUUGCUGUUAGAAA